AUGGGCAUCUCUGUCAGCUUCUGCCAUUAUGCAGGCAACCCCACCCUAGCUGGAACUUGUCUGUCAGUGAACAAUUUCCUGAUGACUGGUCCAAAAGCUUACCUGAUUUACUCCAGCAGUGUGGCAGCUGGUGCCCAGAGUGGUAUUGAAGAAUGCAAGUAUCAGUUUGCCUGGGACCGCUGGAACUGCCCUGAGAGAGCUCUGCAGCUGUCCAGCCAUGGUGGGCUUCGCAGUGCUAAUCGGGAGACAGCAUUUGUGCAUGCCAUCAGUUCUGCUGGAGUCAUGUACACCCUGACUAGAAACUGCAGCCUUGGAGAUUUUGAUAACUGUGGCUGUGAUGACUCCCGCAAUGGGCAACUGGGGGGCCAAGGCUGGCUGUGGGGAGGCUGCAGUGACAAUGUGGGCUUCGGAGAGGCGAUUUCCAAGCAGUUUGUCGAUGCCCUGGAAACAGGACAGGAUGCACGGGCAGCCAUGAACCUGCACAACAACGAGGCUGGCCGCAAGGCAGUGAAGGGCACCAUGAAACGUACGUGCAAGUGCCACGGCGUGUCUGGCAGCUGCACCACGCAGACCUGUUGGCUGCAGCUGCCCGAGUUCCGCGAGGUGGGCGCGCACCUGAAGGAGAAGUACCACGCAGCACUCAAGGUGGACCUGCUGCAGGGUGCUGGCAACAGCGCUGCCGGCCGCGGCGCCAUCGCCGACACCUUUCGCUCCAUCUCCACCCGGGAGCUGGUGCACCUGGAGGACUCCCCGGACUACUGCCUGGAGAACAAAACGCUAGGACUGCUGGGCACCGAAGGCCGAGAGUGCCUGAGGCGCGGGCGGGCCCUGGGUCGCUGGGAACGCCGCAGCUGCCGCCGGCUCUGCGGGGACUGCGGGCUGGCGGUGGAGGAGCGCCGGGCGGAGACCGUGUCCAGCUGCAACUGCAAGUUCCACUGGUGCUGCGCAGUCCGCUGCGAGCAGUGCCGCCGGCGGGUCACCAAGUACUUCUGCAGCCGCGCAGAGCGGCCGCGCGGGGGCGCUGCGCACAAACCCGGGAGAAAACCCUAAGCGUUUCCUCUGCCCCCUCCUUUUCCCACCGGUUCUUGGCUUCUUUUAGAGACCCCAGUAAUUGUGGAACCUAGGGAAAGGGGAACCCGCUCCAGACCUAGGGAUCCUGAGAGAGACUGCAAUUUCUCCGAAGCUUGCCACUUUUCAGCCUGUUUCCCCAAUUCCUCUGUGCUCUCCUAGGGCUCUGUUUGAAGCCUCCUCGCAGCCACACCUAGGUCUGACUGAGAACUCAGGCUUUGAGCUACUGAUCUUCCUUGGAUUAGGAUGAGAACAGGUGUUCCUCCUCCCCUUUCCUAGCAGCCCUAAUGUCUGACCUAGCCUAUCAAGCCUUAGGGGCUGGAAGAACCCUUCUCAGACACGCAGGGCCCAGGUAAAGCCAAAGCUUUGCCCUUUUGCCUACUGCUGCCCCUCUCUUCUGCACAGCUCCUCCCCUGCUACCUGCUGACCCAGACUCCCCAGGAAUCUUGAAUGCUUUCUCUCCUCUUCUCCCUUUCCUUUCUUUCCCAGAAAAACUGAGGAAACUGGCCUCGGCAAAGCAUGUCUUUGGGGUUGGUUCCUAGAGGCAGAGGUUGAAGAUGGAGGAAGAGAGAGCUCCUCUGGAGUGCUGAUUUGAAUACCAAGGGUGCUACUCAUCCUUGUGGUAUCAUGUCAUGAUAGACUUUACUAGUGGGGCAAUGACCUUCCUAGACAAUCACCCAAGAGACUCUAGAUACAUACCCCAAAGGUCUAGGAAAUACGUUAAGGGUAGAUUACAGUCAUUUCCUACCCUUUAAAGGUACCUUCUAUCUUCUCCUGACCUACUUCCUCCUAGCAACCAACUUUACCUCUUCUUCUUCCCCAAAGGAUCUUUGUUCCUUUGAGCCAAGACUGAGGUAAAUAAAGCCACUUUCCUGUUCAGAUCCUGGUCUGCACCUCUAGGGGCAGGUCAUAAGAAGGAGAAACUGAGACCCUUCCUUACCACUAACCUGGUUCUCAAACAGGCAGGAUUCACAGCACUGGAUAUCUUCCUUCGAUGAGUAAACUUCCUGCAAUGAAACUGUUGCUAAUGGGAAGUUCAGCACCUUGAACCUUAAUUUAUUGCAGUAAUUGUGAUAUGUGCUCUUUUUCUAGGUACUGCACUUAUUCUUGAGGAUAUUGGGGUGGGGUGUGGUAACAGAUACAACCUGUGGGCUCUCUCCUCCCUCCCCUCUUGGCAGGAUACUAUCCUCCCUAGAGCCUCACUUCCCUGGUGGCCCAAGCAGUUAUCUGGAUUGAGGCUAAGCUGCCAAGGAUUAGUAAAUCAUCUAUAUAAAUCUUCUAAUACAUUCACUCAAUAGCCAUGAGCUUGCUGCUUGCAGUACUUGAGUCUUCUGGUUUUAUUCUCAGAGAGGAGCACAGCAGGGACUUGUUUAUGAAACACAGCAAGACCUUGGGUAGGGAAGAACCAAUCCCUGACAGACCCUCUGGAGCCCAAAGAGCUCCCCAGCCAGCUUCCUUGCCCUAGGACAGUCCCAGGUCUGGGCCUGGGCAGCUCUUCUAGAGCAGAACUGGUCAGAUGUUAGAUGACCUCAACCUUCCUCUCCCAGAGUAGGAGAAAGCAGUGUGACUGGCUCCAAGUAACAAAAGCCAAGACUCUAGGGGCUCACCUGUAAGAGUCAAGGGUUCCCGUAAUCCAAACUAAGGCAAUAGCCAGGUCAGAUCCCAAACCCCUGGCCUCACCCACAUACCUUCUGGUCUUGCCAACACUUACUGAGACAGUUUCCCCUUCCUGACCGGGGAUACACUUCCUUUCAGGGGUUCCUAGUGCUUCAUUUCCAGCUCUAUCAGCAAAAGGCCCUUCACGCCUUCCCUCCACUUUUAUCUGAGCCUCCCAACUCACCUUUUCUCCUUCACCAAGAAGUAGCAUAUACUAACCUACCUGUCCCACUUUGCAGAAUUGCUUGAUAAUGUACACGAAGAAAGUUUGGCAAGGCAGCUAGAAAAUUUAAAAGUACAAUGUUGUAAAGUAAAGCUGCAUUCUCCAGGAAGUCUCUUAGUAUAAAAGCAGGAGAACUAUUGUGCUUCAUAUUUGAUAACUCCAGGUCAGCACUCUAAAUAUGUCAUGCUGCCAGAACAUUCUUUCAUAGGCUAUUGUUUUAUAUCCCCAAAUGGAUACCAGAUUCAUUCCAGUUCCAUCAAGAAAACAUGACUGAGCUGCCUUGGA